AUGCCUCUUCACAACCCGCUUCCCUCAUCUUUACGAAGCGAAUGCGAAAAAGCAGCUCAGAUCAUCAACUCUUUCACAGAUCCCGAUGGCUUCAAUAGCCCGGGACGUACCAUCCCACAAAAGCUACUCGCUAGUGCCAAGGGCCUCGCCAUCCUCACAGUCGCCAAAGCCGGGUUCCUAGGGUCAGUGCGCCUUGGCUCUGGUAUCCUCGUUGCACGUCUACCCGACGGGUCCUGGUCCGCCCCAUCAGCCAUCGCGUCCGUGGGAGGUGGCUUCGGUGGACAAAUCGGUGUCGAAUUGACAGAUUUCGUAUUCAUACUGCAGAGCGACCAUGCCGUGCAAACGUUUGCAAAGCUGGGAAGCCUAACUCUGGGGCUCAACGUCUCACUGGCAGUGGGACCGGUCGGACGCAGUGGAGAGAUUGCGGGUGUCGUAAGCACUGGUGGUGUCAUGGGGAUAUUCUCAUUCGCACAAACCAAAGGCCUCUUUGGUGGCGUGAGUGCAGAAGGAGGCAUUAUCUUUGAAAACAGGCUCGCGAACCGAAAACUGUAUGGGGAUAUUGUCAAGGCACGGGAACUGCUAAGCGGCGACAUCCCUCCGCCUGUCGAGGCCAACAGGCUUAUGCAGGCGUUGCAAUCCGAUGUCUUCUCUGGUCAUAGGUCAAAUUUCGAUUGUGAACAGGCAUCAAAAGAGCCACCUGCGGAGACGGUUGCCAUGCCACCGCAGUCACCCUCGUCUGAGGUGGCUGAACGAGUUGCUGUAAUGUCGUCUGUGGCGCCUAGCGAAAUUCAUGAGGCACCGCCAUCGGAGGUCUCUCCUGUCGAGUCACCGUCAGUAGCAGGGGCACCGCAGAGGCCAGUUGAGCUGCCUGGUUCGAUCCAAGAGCUGGACUCCACGCCUGCACAGCCCAGACCUGCGGAUCAGCAUAGCCCCGUUUCUGCUAUCUCCACUACUCACAAUCCUUGA